UUACUGAGCUGUUAAGACAGGGGUGCAACCAUACGUUUCUUUUUACCUUGAAAUAGUUGAUCUAAAGGGAACCUGUGAUGGCGUUAACGCAAUUUAGUAGAUGCUCAGUGUGGUGAGGGCAAUGCCCUCGUUCGCCUGACCCAACAUGUGAUACGUGAUAAGCACUGGCUGAUGAGGGACUAGGCUGGCAUCAUCGGCAUCCCCUUUCACAAGGGGGUGCUUAUAAAACUCAGUAUGGGCCUACCAUAGAAGGAGACCAGUUGGUUGAAGAAUUCAUGACCGAAACACAAGCAGCCGCUGCAGCAGCUCCCCAGGCAUUUAGAAUGGAUUCACUUCUACAGGAAAUGCGUGAAAUAGAAAGUAUGCGUGCUCGAGCUGGUCCAUUACGAGGUCCUGGUAUUGCAGAUUUGGCCUCUGAAGCUGGGACUUGGGCUGAAGAAUAUCUUGCAUCAGAAACACAUGUUCAGGAAAUUGGCCCUGGUAGUGACUGGACAAAGGAGUUUGUCGAGCAUCAAAAUGGUUUAACUUCUCCAGAUAUAAUCACAGACAAUGAUACACGCUGGGCACAUGAAUACCUCAAUGAAAACUUUCUAGAUGAUGCAUCCAGUACAGAAGCCAGUAAAUGGGUUGAGGAGUACAAUCCGCAAGAAGAUUCUGAAUUGGCUAAAACAGCUAAUGAACUGUUAGGAACUGUUGACGAUCCAAAGUUUCACAACACUGAAUUUAUGAAGUUUAUAAAAAAGCUGGGCGAAGGUUCAAAAGGUGAUGUGAGCAAAGACUGGACAAAUGAAUUUUUGUCGUCUAACACAUCAAAGGAAAAUAACUUGGAGGAAUCGUGGAGCACCGAAUUCACUCAAGGACAAAAACAGCAGUUGCAUGAACAGUGGCAAAAGGAGUUCACAGUUUGUUACCGUCAUGGAGUAGUGUCCUUGACCCUUCGUAAGAACCUGGUCCAGCUGGCCCAGCAGGUGGUCCGGUCCCUGCCUGUGGAAGCUAAGGGUAUGGCUGACACCUCAGGUAAAGGCAAAAUCCAUAGUGAAAAAUUUUGCCCUGCUCAGGAUGAGCACCAGAAAUCAUUGUCAGCAGAAUGA